AUGUCAGACCAAAACACAAAGGUCUACAAACACGCCGACCCAGACGGACACUUCCGACGCAAAGACUCCUCCUUCCGCUCCUGGAUCUCACGAGAUCCAUCAGCCGAAUUCCCCGCCGAAAAGGACCGCUACGUGUUAUACAUAAACUACGGCUGUCCCUGGGCCCAUCGCGCCAAUCUAGUCCGUGCCCUCAAAGGCCUACAAGAUGUCAUCCAAAUGGCCGUUCUAGAUCCAGAACUCGGACCGGACGGAUGGUUCUUCUCUGGUCGCAACGGAUCGGACGAGAAGGACCCGUUGUAUGGGUUCAAGUUCCUGAAGGAAUUAUAUCUCAAGGCGGACCCGCAGUAUGAGGGCCGAUAUACGGUUCCUACACUUUGGGAUAAGAAGAAAGAGACCAUCGUCAAUAACGAGAGUAGCGAGGUUAUUCGCAUGCUAUACUCUGAAUUUGAUGAGUUUUUGCCGGGGGAACUUCGUGAAGUCAAUCAUCCUGGAGGUGGAUUCUAUCCCGAGCAUUUGCGGGAACAAAUUGAAGAGAUGAAUGCGUGGGUGUACCCCUUGAUCAACAAUGGCGUUUACAAGACAGGUUUUGCGACCACGCAGGCGGCCUACGAGGAGAACCUCUAUCCACUGUUCGAAGCUUUGGAUCGCGUUGAGGAGCAUUUGGGUCAAACUGGACAUCAGCCGUUUCUCUUUGGUGAAAAUAUUACCGAAGCUGAUAUUCGGUUGUAUACGACUAUUGCACGCUUUGAUGUGGCCUAUUACUUGAUCUUCAAGUGCAAUUUGAAAAUGAUCAGGCAUGAUUACCCUCGGAUUGAUCGCUGGUAUCGUCGGCUCUAUUAUGAUGAGUCGCAUUUGACUGGAGGGGCAUUUAGGAAGACGACGUACUUCGAUGUUUACAAAUUUGGAUAUGUCGCUGCGCUUGGUAGGAAGACUGGGAAUGAUCAACUGGUGGUUCCGGCUGGACCUGCUCCUGAUAUUCUGCCCCCAGGGAAGGAGUAG